ACAUGGGUAUAUCAUGUGGUCCCAAGACCUUACGUCACACCAAUAAUCCCUACCUAGGUACCUAGGUACCUAACUGUAGCUUCGCUAUUCUCGAAGCUGCUAUUCUAUCCCAUCUACCUAAAAUCAUCACGAUCACAAACACAAACAACCCAUCAGUUCGUCGACCUGACUUACCAAACUCCCUCUCCACCAUGAAAGCCCAAACAUAAAUACCGAAUUCAAUUUCGAUCUCUUCUCAUCUCUCAGUCGCAUUUACCUACAAACCCACCCAACACCACAACAAACACACCAAAAGCAAGCAACCCGGCAUGAACAACAUAACCACAGCAUCAUCCCGUCUGCGCCGCACAUUCGCCUACCCCGACGACUCCCCCAACCCCCGUUCCAACGAUUCAUCCGACGACGAAGACGCACCAGCCCUCGACGAACAAGAACAAGAUGACCUCAUAGCGACCCUAGCCCAACAAAACGCCGCCCGAAACGCGCAGUUCCGACUCUUCCUUCUAUGUCUACCGGCGGUAUCCACGUUGCCUUAUCUGACGGCUCUGGUCUUUCCUAGCGAUGCGAGUGGGAGGUUGAUAGCUCUAUUGGGACUUACGAGUUUAGCGGCUACGGCUUGGACGUUGUGGUCUCUCCCGCCGGGGGUUUCUGGGAUAAGGAUUUUGGAUGCUUGGGUUGGUGGUAGUGGUAGUAGUAAUGAUUCCAAACACGGUGCGGGAGGGAGACGUGGCGGGCAGGAUAUUAAUAACUCGCCCUUCUGGGCGCAAGAACAAACCCACUCGCCGUUCGAGAAGUACCUCCCGUACCUAAACCUAGGGCUAUGCGGUGUGUUGGUGUUGACGGGGUUUAUAUCGAAGUCACCGACGUCUCAGGGACAUUGGGGCCACGUUGGACUAAGCAACUUGCCCGCCAUAGUAUACGCGGUCGUGCUGGUCGCGAAGGCGGUUAUGGGUGGUGUAGAUCCAGAGAAGGAGUUAAGUGCGCUACGGUACGAGUAUAAGGGUGCUUAAGUACAUAAAAGCUUACAAUAUCAAACGUCACAUUACAACAACACU